CGGUCCUUGGUUGGAGUUGGUGACCAAAAGAUCGAUCUCAGGAUCAUUUGUCUUGUCUUUGGAACCUUCAUACCCCCCAUUUCCAGUGUCUUUUUGGCCGCCAUUAGAGCUCAUUUUCUGGUGCCAUUACUUUACACUUUUCAGUUUUUCUGCCACUUUCCUCUCUGAGCCCUGAGGCAUAUCUUUCUGAAGCAAAGCUUCCCCCUCCCCACCCUUUUCUUUUCGUUACAGUCGCUAAACCCCAUUUUGGUACUGCGGUUUACUUUUUCUCACCCUGUUGUUUGUGGCCGUUUGAUCUCACUUUUGAGUUGCGUGAUCCCAGAAAAAGAACCCCAUUUGCUGGAUUAGCUUCAGCUUCUCUUCUUGGUUGUUUUUGAAGACAAUGAACUCUUCAACGAGACUGGAUUCAGCCGUAUUUCAGCUCACACCUACUCGAACCAGGUGUGACUUGGUCAUAAUCGUGAAUGGGAAGAAAGAGAAGAUUGCUUCGGGUUUGCUUGACCCGUUUUUGUCCCACUUGAAGGCUGCUAAAGAUCAGAUGGCCAAAGGGGGUUAUUCGAUUAUUCUAGAGCCUGACCAUGAUGGCGCCUCCUGGUUUACCAGGGAAACUAUAGAGAGGUUUGUUCGCUUUGUGAGCACUCCUGAGAUAUUGGAACGUGUUUAUACUAUAGAAUCUGAGAUUUUACAAAUUGAAGAGGCAAUUGCAAUUCAAGGCAACUCCACUAUAGGGAUUAGCACUCAGGAAGAAAACCAAGUAAAACAUGUUGAGAGUACUGAAGGUUCUUCUGAAAGGAAAACCAGCAAAACUCUGCAGGACGCUAAUGAUGAGAAAGCUAUUGUACUUUACAAGCCUGAAGAUCAGCCACCUGAAGCAAAUGGAACCACUCAGUCAGAAGGAAAUUCUAAAGUUCAACUGUUGAAAGUACUGGAGACUCGAAAAUCAGUGCUUCAGAAAGAGCAAGGCAUGGCCUUUGCCCGUGCUGUUGCUGCUGGUUUUGACAUUGAAUACUUGCCAACUUUGAUGUCAUUUGCUGAAUGCUUUGGAGCAGUUCGCAUGAUGGAUGCAUGUAAAAAGUUCAUGGACCUUUGGAGACGAAAACAUGAAAGUGGUCAGUGGCUUGAAAUUGAAGCUUCUGAAGCAAUUCGCAGCCGAUUGGACUUCGCUCCUGUAAACACAUCAGGGAUUAUACUUUCCAGCAUGGCUGCUGCAUCUCACACUGAGCUGGACUCAGAAAAUAAUGGGAAAGCAAAUGCAGAUGUGCCUCCUCAACCAUCUGCUGGCCACCAAGAAAAUAUUCAAGGCCAAUUUCCACAUCAUAUGUACCCUCCUUGGCCAAUCAAUUCUCCCCCAGGCACUGUGCCAGUCUUCCCGCCAUAUCCUAUGCAAGGCAUGCCCUACUAUCAGAACUAUCCAGGAACACCAUACAUGCAGCCUAUUUAUCCACCUGUGGAGGAUCCCAGACUAAAUUCUGGUCAAAAUAUGGGGCGCAGAAGGCAUUCGAUGGAUGGUAGGUACAGCAAUACUGAAUCAGAACCUUGGGGUGAACUGGGCAUGGAGGGGGGAGGUUCGCAGACUGGAGAACGACGGAAGAAGUCUAGCCGAUCAGGCAGACAGAAAUCUGGCACAGUGGUAAUUCGGAAUAUCAACUACAUUACAAAGACAGAGAACUCUUCUGGCAGUGGAUCAUUUUCAGAUUCUGGCUCUGAAAACAAUGAGGAUAAGGAUACUCAUGAAUAUGCGGAUAACUCAAAAAGAAGAGGAAGUGGUAAAGAAUCUUUCAAGAAGUUGAACUCGUCUGAUAGGGAAGAAACAGAGCUUGGGAAUGAUGCAGACGGGGGUCAUUGGCAAGCAUUCCAAAAUUGUUUGCUUAGAGAUGUUGAUGAAGAUAGACAUGCCGUUGACCAAGACCAGUUUGAAGUGGAAAAGGGGGAUCGUCUGCGAAGGAAAAAACAUGUUUCUGUUAGUGAUCCUUUAGUUUGUAGUGAGCAAAAUGGGCAUGAAAUUCAAGGUGGUGAUUCAAUAGAUAUGCAUGCCAUUAGCAGGGGUUUAACCCGCAUGCCUAAGACAUCAAAUGAUGCAUUUUUGUUAUCUAGGGGGGCAACCCAGCCUGGUGAUGGCGUGUCUCUGGAUGAUGUGCAGUCUUCAGAAAUUGGUGGCAGAAGGGUUGGCUAUAGGAGGACUGCCAAUGACGACUUCAUCAUUCUUAAACAAGACAGUCAGUCUGGUAAUGCGCAUCCUUCCUCAGAUUUGGAAGUGGUCUAUGGACUAGGUUAUUCAAACAAUAAUUUGGAGAGGAACUCGUUGCGUGAUAUGAAUGAUGAUUCCUACAUUGUUGAGUAUAGAUCUAACCAAGCCAGUUACGGAGGGGACAACGGAAGAAAAGCUAUUGACAUUGAUUCUGAGUUGCCUGCAGUGCAUCAGAAGGCAGAAAGAUCGUCUAGUGAUCUAAGGAACCAUCACAAUUAUGAGCCAGAUGAAUUGAGUUUGAUGCCUGAACGAGUGACCGAAAGGGCAUCAAUGGGCUAUGAUCCUGCUUUAGACUAUGAAUUGGAGGCUCAGGUUGAAGUUGAUGCUUCACGAGCUAAGAAGAAUAAAGAGGUGUCUGCUGACACCAAACCAGGAUCUAAGAGGUUGGAUAAGGAGCAGAAGUCAAAACUUACCCCCAACAGUUCUGAUAGGAAGAAGAAUGUGGGGCCAAUAAGAAGAGGGAAGAAUUCAAAAUUGAGUCCCCUGGAUGAAGCGCGAGCACGUGCUGAGAAGUUACGAAACUACAAGGCUGAUCUUCAGAAAAUGAAGAAAGAGAAGCAAGAGGAAGAGCUCAAACGGCUGGAGGCUUUAAAGAUGGAGAGGCAAAAGAGAAUUGCUUCCAGAAGCAGCUCAAUCCCUGCACAGCAAUCAGUGCCAUCCCCACUAACCAAGAAACGGCUUCCUACCAAACUUUCACCAAGUUCUCUCAAAGGUUCAAAAUUUAGUGAUGCUGAGCCAGGAUCAUCCUCACCUUUACAAAGGUUCCCUGUGAGAAUUUCUUCUGUUGGAUCUAAUGAUUCAAAAGCCUCAAAAUCCAGCAGAUUGAAUGCUGGAAGCCACUCAGCUGAAAACAAGUUAAGCCGAUCAGUGCCUUCACUCCCUGGAUCUAAGCAAGAGAAGAGAGGUGAUACAGCUGAUACUAAAGCAUCCAUGGCAAGGAUUAGAAGACUGUCAGAGCCUAAAAUGAGUACCAUCCGUCAAAAUUCUACAGUUAAACCACAGAGCACUGCAACAAUGUCAAAGACCAAAGUAGCUGAUGGAGCUGAAAGCAAAAAGAUUUCUGCCAUUGUGAAUCAUGAUAAAAACAAGACCGCAACCCUCCCUGAAGUGAAAGUUAGAACAGCCAAAGCAACUGAUGUUUCCCAUAAUAGAUCAUCAGUCAAGGAGAAGACUGAAAAGGUAAAUGGUAACAAGAUUUCUACAAACUUGGAAGGUGCUUUGCCAAAGAAAUCUGUGAAUACAGAUUCAUCCCAUGAUAAUGAAGAUGAUAAUCCGAUAAUUGAGAAGACUGUUGUGGUGCUUGAGAGUGAAAAACCUUCUGACCCAGCUAUUCAUAUGACAGAAGAAAAAGUUGGGGGGCGGGUGCCAGAGAAACAGUGUGAUAAUUGUGAAGUGACAGAGAAAACAGAGGCUGUGUCCAAUUAUGUUGCCAUCCGUGCGCCAGUUUCCCCAAGCAUGGACCUAGUAAAUAGAGAAAUCACACAAAACCAAGCACAACUACAACCAAUAUCUAGUGAGGUCAAAUCCGAUGGUGUGAAGAAAGGACCUUCAAACAUUGGUAUUGAUAAGGAAACAUAUCAUGCUCCAUUUGCUCGAGUUUCUUCUAUGGAAGAUCCUUGCCAAGGCAAUUCUGAGUAUGGCAAAGCACCCUCAACAAACACGGAGAUUGCACCUUUUGUUAUGGAGACUGUUAGAGCGCAUGUAGCUGACUCCAGAAACUCAACACUUGAGAAGAUUCCUGAAGUCGUUGAGAAGCCUCAGGUAAAGGAAUCAUCAAAAGGUUUUAGGCGUCUAUUGAAGUUUGGAAGAAAGAAUCAUAGCUCAGCUACUUCUGGACACAACACGGAAUCAGAUAAUGCAAGCAUUGACGGCUCUGAAGCAGAUGAGAUUGGGACAAACGGUUCUUCUAAAGAAGCCUACACAUUAAAGAAUUUGAUAUCCCAAGAUGAAACUUCCGCUGCCAACACAACACCGCAAAAGUCAUCGCGUACGUUCUCCUUGUUGUCACCGUUCCGAAGCAAGAGUAGUGAAAAGAAGGUAAUGAUGGCCUGAUAGAAUGACAGGUUUUAUAAUUGUGAGAUUGAUGCAGUGACAAAUCGCGAGUCUUGCCGUAGGAUCUUUGUGUUGUGUUGUAUAUUCAUGUUUCAUUGUUGAUAUAUCAAUUGUGUUUAUCUGAAAUCUUGACUGGUGGUCUUAUAUUGGACAAUGGAUGAUGUUUCAAAUAUUCAAAGCAGAAAUGAAGGAUGACAUGUUUGGUUUGAUCU